AUGGCUCAUUCGGUAAGUUUGUGUAUUUGUUUUGAAUAUAUGUUUACGAUAGUUUCAGAGUCAUAGGCUGGAUAAAAUUUGUUUUUGAAUAUAUGUUUACAAUAGUUUUAGAUUAAUAUGUUUAUGAUAUUUCUAGAUUAAUAUGGUGGAUCUUAUCAAAGCUUGUGAAGCUGAAAGUGAACUCGACUUUCUUCAGGAGUCGUUUGUUCUGACUGAUGAGCAGAAGGAAGCUGUUCUUCAACAGCGCAUUAUAUUUUGGACGAACGCGAUGGCCGAAGAUAUUGAACGGGAGAAUCCGGUUGGAGUUGACCCUGAUAUGAUGGCAAACUGGACCGAGGAUCAACGUCGCCUGUUCAACGAAGACUGGGCCAAUGAUGAUGGUUUAUGCGAACUCGAACAGAUGCCAGAAAACCAAAUAGGUGAAGGGAGCAAGCGAAGGCACGCCAGUGAUCACGCCCCCUCAAAACGCCAAAGACCAGAGGAGUAUUUCACUAUUAAAUCAGCCAAGCAAGUCAACGUGAGGAAAUUCAGGACGACAGGUACACAUUAAACUGUUUUUAUAUUUUUAAGCGUAACAUCGGCUACGUGUGGGAUAUAGAUUGUUAUGUGCGAGUGAGGUUUCGUUUUUAUUAGGCUCCAUUUACACUAUACCGGAUUGCUAUCGGAGUGGGUCAAAUUUUGUAGGUAUCGAAAGGCUGCGAAGAUUUUUAAUCUCAGAGCCCCAAAUAAACAUGCCAAUUCUGUCAAACUAAUAAGCAUUUGCUACUAGCCAUUGCUCCAUAACGGUAAAAGAAGAUGUAGUGACCAGCGAAUCUGGUAUAGUGUAAACAGGGGCUUAUAAGAGUUAUAUUUAUUGCUUGUGUGUAAAUCUGUAAAGCACAAACAUAUCCAACGCAUACGCUUUUUAUAAAUUGGCCAUAACUUUCAAAUGAAGCUUUAGUAUUUAAUGGGUUUAUGAUUGGAAUUGUAGCUAAAGUAUAGCAGUAUCCGAUAAAUAGCCUUGUUUGUACAACCCACGUCCCCCCGUUUUAGGUAUUCUUUUUAGGAUUAUUCUAUAUUACUGGGUAAUCUCUAUAAUGAUUAUUGUCGUAUGUCCAAUGAGUGAUAGCUUUAAAGUUUGUUCGUUCACUCCAAUCAGAUAUAUAAAUAAAUUAUGUUGUCCGUUAAUCUCUCACUGUGGACACACGUUGCAGAAUAAAACGCAAGCCAGGCCAAACUUGUGUACACGUUCACAAGCCUAUGCAACCACUUGUAGUGAGCCCAAAUUUCCAGGCAUAGGCCAGGCCCAAAGGCCAUGAUUAUGCCAAAGUCUGUUUACACUGUCAAAUUGUAGGCCAAUGCUAAUGCAAGGCUUGUACUGUAAACACGACUCAUGAAAUGUUGGGUCCUUUAAGGCUACUUGUUACCAACCAUAGUCUUCUGAUUGCUAUUACUUGGUUAGUACAAUAGUGUAUUACGGUUUUUAGGUACAGACUAUACUGUUCAAUUCAAUCCGUUGGACGUGCACGGGGUGUCGAACGUCAUGUCGACGUUGAACCGCGCAUUUCAACACUUAUUUGACCGACUCACAAGUGACAUGGCUCCUCACGAUCAAGUUCGCUUGAUCCUCAACUCGAAUCAGCUGGACAAAUCCAUUUCCUUACCUUUCCUACAACGCGAUCGUCUAACCCCAGAACGUUUCCUGGCAGCUGUCGAACGCGUCGUGCAGUCCAAUGACCAAUUUACUUUGGAUGACUCUGUCAGCGUCAACGUAGUCCAUGUCGAAAUGCCUAACGGUGCAGGUAGAAAACGACGUGAUGUUGUAAACCUCGAAAGUUUUCUCAGGAAGAAGGACUGUAUCGUUCAAAUUAAGAACAAAGAUGAUCUCUGUUGUGCCAGGGCGAUAGUGGUGGCCAAAGCAAAGCUGGACAAAGAUCCCAAGUACAAGAGUAUUAUUGAUCACCGUGGAAAAGUAGAAGGUCGUUUAGCUCGAGAACUCCACGAGUCAGCGGGUGUUCCUCAUGGUUCCUGUGGCAUCCCAGAAAUCAAACAGUUCCAAGCUGCUCUUUCUGGUUAUCAGCUCAACGUGGUCUCUAAAGAACAUUUAAACGCUAUGAUUUAUUCCGGUCCUGAAUCAGACAAAUGUUUAUACCUGUACCAUCAUGACAAUCAUUACGACGUCAUCACCAGUAUGCCUGCCUUCCUCGCCCGCAAACAGUAUUGCCAUAAAUGCAAGAAAGGCUACGACAAGAUUACCAGCCAUCCCUGUGGCGAUCUGUGCAAAUUAUGUAAUACCCAAAACUGUCCCAUCGUUGAAUGGAAAUUUUGCAAAGACUGUAACCGUUUCUUUAAAAGUGACGAAUGCUUCAACCGCCAUAAAGAUGACGCUGGUCCUACCAAAUCCCUGUGUCGUGCUUUAGUAAAAUGCAAAAAAUGCAAACGUGUGGUUACUCGUGCCAGUCUUCGUGAUCAUCAUUGUGGCAAAGUGAGAUGUUCCACUUGUCAAAAAUACGUCAAACCUGAAAACCACCAAUGUUAUCUCCAACCUGUAAAGGCGAAAAAGACACGAUCCACUGAAGAAGGAAACGAUUUGCUCGAUGAUGAUGUGGCCGUGGAAAACGACGUAGAAGACACCAAAAACUUAAUGUUCUUUGACUUUGAGUGCACGCAAGACGAUGGUAAACACGUCCCCAAUCUCUGCGUAGUCCAGAACGAAAGCGGUGACGAGAAAGUCUUUUCUGGGCCAAACACGAAAGAUGAAUUUUGCGAGUGGAUGUUUCAGCAGGAAAACGCGAAUACGACGUUUGUCGCACAUAAUUUCCAGGCUUACGACGGGUACUUCAUUCUACAAUACCUUUACAAGAAUGGCGUCACUCCAGAAAUCAUUACCCGUGGCGCAAAAAUCCUUUCGCUCACUGUCCCCGAAAUGAACAUCAAGUUUAUAGACUCUCUCUGUUUCAUCCCAAUGAAACUCGCCGCCUUCCCGAAAACGUUUGGUCUCACAGAGCUUCAGAAAGGUUACUUUCCUCAUUUCUUUAACCGUGCUGAGAACCAAGACUACGUGGGACCAAUGCCUGAAGCCAAGUUCUACGAUCCUGAUGGCAUGAGCACUGAUGACCGCGAAAAGUUUUAUACAUGGUACAACGAGCAAGUCGAGCGUCAGUACGAGUUCGACUUUCAAGCCGAAAUUCUGCGAUACUGUCAAUCCGAUGUGGACAUUUUGCGUCGCUGCUGUCUCGAGUUCCGCGAACUUUUCAGCCAAAUCACAGAUGUUGACCCUUUUGCCUCUUGUCUCACCAUUGCUUCUGCGUGUAAUCUCGUCUUCCGUAAAACGUUCCUCCAGGAGAACACCAUCGCCGUCAUUCCUCCUUGCGGGUACAAGCCUGAAAACAAACAGUCCGUCAUCGCCUUGAAGAUGCUGGCCUGGGUUGCUCAACGUGAUAACAUUGCCAUUCGUCACGCCCGGAACCACGGAGAACAGCGCAUUGACAAGUAUCUUGUCGAUGGUUUCAACGUUGAGACAAACACUGUUUGGGAAAUUCAAGGAUGCCUGUGGCAUGGAUGCGAAAAGUGUUAUGCCAGAGAUACCGUGAAUCCGAUCAACCAUAUGACCAUGCAAGAUCUUAAGCAGCGAACCCUAGAGAAAAUCCAAUUCCUAAAGGACAACGGAUACAAUGUCGUAGAGAUUUGGACGUGUGAUAUUGAGCGCCAACUUGCCACUGAACCCGAGAUGAAGGAUUUCUUCGACAAUUUCGAGAUUUCUGAACCUCUUGAACCUCGUCAUGCAUUCUUUGGUGGAAGGACUAACGCAACACGCCUAUGCUACGACGUCCAGCCAGAAGAGAAGAUCCGCUAUGUGGAUUUCUGCAGCCUCUACCCAUGGUAUGUAUCUUGUUGAAGUCUUUUAACUCAGACGUGCUUGUCGUUAACCUUCUUAAGCAAUUUUUAGGUGUAACAAAUACGGCGAGUAUCCAAUUGGCCAUCCCGAGAUUAUUACUGAGAACUUUCAACCUAUCAGUGACUACUUUGGUUUGGUGAAAUGUUCUGUGCUUCCUCCUCGUGCCCUAUACCACCCCGUCCUCCCUUACCGUACUCAGGGUAAAUUGAUGUUCCCGUUAUGUCGUACCUGUGCCGACAACCUUCAACAAGAGCCCUGCCAUCACAGCGACGCCGAGCGAGCACUUCAUGGGACGUGGAUGACUUUGGAGCUCGAGAAAGCACUAGAGAAAGGCUACAAACUGGUGAGAAUCAACGAAGUUUGGCACUUUCCCGAGCACACAGAUGGACUGUUUAAGGACUAUAUUGAUACAUUCCUCAAAAUCAAACAAAAGGUAAGGUUUUAUCAUAUGUGUGAUAUUGUCACAUCAUUAGUUUCUUAUUAUUCCUUUCUCUUUUGCAGGCGAGUGGCUUUCCUCCGGAAUGUGACACCGACGAGAAAAAGGGGCAGUACAUCGCUGACUACGCUGCAAAAGAAAGUAUUCAGUUGGAUCCAAGACAGAUUGUGAAGAAUCCUGGUCUGAGGGCGUUGGCGAAGCUCAUGUUGAACUCUUUUUGGGGUAAGUGCAACGGCAAAUUGUCCACUAACGGUACUUGUUUUUCUUAGGGAAAAAACAAGUGUUUGUUAAAAACCGAUCAUUUCUUGUAGGAAAGUUUGCGCAACGACCCAAUAUGACCAAGGUCAAAAUUAUAUCGGAUCCAGCUGAAUAUUUUGACCUCCUCUCCAGCGACCAGAUGAACGUCACCGACGCGAACUUCAUUAACGACGAGCUCAUCGAAGUCCAUUUUGAAAACGUUGACGAAUUCGUGGAAGCCGAUGGAAAGACAAAUGUGGUCAUCGCAGCGUUCACCACAGCCCACGCCCGCCUCAAGCUCUAUGGUGUCCUGGAGCAGUUAAAUCGCCGAGUCUUAUAUUUUGACACAGAUUCAGUUAUCUACGUUUCAAAGGAAGACGAAUGGGAGCCGCCGACGGGAUCCUAUCUUGGUCAACUAACGGAUGAGUUGGAUGGAGGUUACAUUACAACCUUUGUGUCUGGAGGUCCUAAAAACUAUGCCUACGAGACAAGCACAGACAAAACAAUAUGCGAAGUUAGAGGGAUCACCUUAAACUACAGAACUGCGCAAAAGGUUAAUUUUAAUUUAAUGUGUGAUAUGGUUUGUUUAGAAGCGUUGUCUGAUCUCACAGACAGCAUAACUGUAAAUAUACCCUAUAAAAUAAAUAGAGACACUAAAGAGAAAAGUGUAAAGACGAGGAGUGAGAACAAGGACUAUCGUAUUGUAUAUAAUAAGCGUGUGAUUGUAAAUAAUUUUGAUACAUUACCUUAUGGUUUUUAA